UCUAGUUCCCAUAGCAACUGACAACAUUGGCUAAACUUGCGACAGUAAUUUACUUUGACAAAAAAAUUAACUUUUUUAUAACUGUAUUUUACAUUUAGCAUAUUUCAAGAGCAAGAUAAAUGUGUAAUACUAUAGUCAAGCUGCUUUUCUAACUUUCCCUUGGCUAUACAAACUUUUCUCUUGAGAAAGUUAAACGUGUUUUCUAAUCAAAUAGUUAAAUAGUGGCUAGUUAGCGUUAAAGCUAGCUUCAGUGUUCGCUAAGUAAGACGGUAAGUUACCGCAUGAUGUCCUCCGCUCGCAGCACAGGAGAUGUUUUACAGCAAGUCAACCACUUUUGGUCCAUGUUGGAUGAUCUUUCUGAGACUGACCCCGCAGCAUACCGCAGUUUCAUUGAGAAACAGGUGAAGGAGGGAGCUGAAUUCAGUGCCCCGCCUGAGCUCGACUCUUGUUUGUGCACUGAAAUAGAGGAGCCUGAGAAAGGGUCGCUGUACAUCAACAUAUGCAGCUGGAAACGUGUGCCUGCACCUCAGGAUCCCAGCAGGCCUUUGCCUGUGUGUGCAGGAAAACUGGAAACUGGCAUAAAUGAAAGUCAAGGUAGCUACACUGUGUUGGACGUGGCAUUAAACCCUGCAGUGCUACAGGAAAGUAGGAAAGACAAAACAGAAGUUUAUAUGCUGGCCCUGAGCUUUGCCCAGCAGCAGCAUAAGAUGAGGUUAUCUCAGCAGUAUACUGUCGUCAGCUCGAGCCCGAAAAAUAGCUCAGAAGACUUGCACCGUCGGCUUGGGUUCCAGCAGUGGCCUAACACCUCUAGACAGCCAGACACAGCCUUUCAGACCCCAGCUGGCCUUCUGCAGCAGAUCUCUUCUCUUCGCUCAGAGAAACAACACGAGGCCCCGGCAACCCAAAUUAUCUGCAGACCUGCGGAGCACAAAAAGAAGGAUUUGAUCCAGGUCAUCUCCACUACAUUUGUGCAGCCUCAGAAGCCAGAGUACCAACUCGAGGUGAAGACUGAUUCGGUAGGAGUUGCUCACAGCAUGGAGCUGACAGUUGAGCUGCCAAAGGUUUGCUCCAUGUCAGAGUGCCAGCUGAGAAUCUCUAAGGAGGACGUCUUACUGGAAGUGGUGGAUGUCUACUAUUUGCUUUUGGAAUUCCCCAAAACUGUGAUCGAAGAUACUGCGUCUGCCAUUUUUAACAAGAAGAAACGAAGGCUUACUUUGAAAGUCGAUGUUCUCUGACCCUUUUGCCUUAACGAAGAAACAGAUACAGAAGUAAACAGACGUGCUGGGUAGAAACGGGAAAGUUCAUUCUGACAGAAAAUACCUCAAAAUAAAUAACCAAGACAAAGUAAAUUCCUGCGAUGCAAUUUGAAAAGCCUUGUGAACACUCUGCCUUUAGAACUUCAGCCAACAAACAAUAAGCAGCUCCCCUGCAAACUGAUCCACUUCUAAAUCCAAAAUGAUGUUUUUUCUACUGAAACAAACAUGUCAAUGUUUCCCUUUGUGAUGUGUGGGUUAAUCUGCAGCAGCAAAUGUAAUUCUUAACCUCCCAAAAAAAAUAAUUGACUUUGAUAACAA